GAGGCUGCGGGCUGAGCGGACCGGGCCCCUGGAGCAGGCGGCACGCCCGUCGGGGGACUAGGGCAGCGCGGGGGCGCGCCGCGGAGGCCGGGCAUGGCUGGCCGCCAGACCUGAGCCCGACUCCGCGGAGAGACAGACCGCGGCCGGUGAUGGGAACGGAGCCGUGAGCGCCGCGCCGCCGCCGCCGCCGCCGCCUCGGCCCCGCGCGAAGCUUCGGCCGCCCAGGAACAUGGCCCUGGAGCAGCUCUGCUCGGUCCUCAAAGUGCUGUUAAUAACAGUACUUGUCGUGGAAGGGAUUGCUGUGGCCCAGAAAACCCAAGAUGGACAAAAUAUUGGAAUGAAACAUAUUCCUUCAACCCAGUGUGGUAUUUGGGUUCGAACCAGCAAUGGAGGUCAUUUUGCUUCACCAAAUUAUCCUGACUCCUAUCCACCAAACAAGGAGUGUAUCUACAUUUUGGAAGCUGCUCCACGACAAAGAAUAGAGUUGACCUUUGAUGAACAUUAUUACAUAGAACCAUCAUUUGAAUGUCGGUUUGAUCACUUGGAAGUUCGAGAUGGACCAUUUGGUUUCUCUCCUCUUAUAGAUCGUUACUGUGGCAUGAAAAGCCCUCCAUUAAUUAGGUCAACAGGGAGAUUCAUGUGGAUUAAAUUUAGUUCUGAUGAAGAACUUGAAGGACUGGGAUUUCGAGCAAAAUACUCAUUUAUUCCAGAUCCAGACUUUACUUACCUUGGAGAUUGCCAGUUUGAGCUCUCGGGAGCUGAUGGAAUAGUACGUUCUAGUCAGGUGGAACAAGAAGAUAAAACAAAACCGGGCCAAGCAGUUGAUUGCAUAUGGACAAUUAAAGCUACUCCAAAGGCUAAGGUAUUAUUAU